AUGACCAAGGUCAACUCUUCCACCGUCGACCUCUCGCACUCGUGCGGUGGUUAUCUCCGCACACCAUUCAAUAAAUCCUGGGCUUUCACUGCCAAAAGCCUGUGCAUCUCACCUGUCGAUUUCCAAUUCCCAGACAUAAAAAGGGGCGAAAUGGAUUACCACUCAAUUCACCGCGAGCUGCAGAGCAAUAGCGGUAUCCGCGAGCCAACACGAUCGACAUCCCUUGCCGCGGCGAACAGCAUGGUCGACAAUAGCAACCCCUCCGUUUCGACGGCCAUGCAGGUACUCGACUCCCUCUCAGACAUAGGGAGAGCCAUGCCGUUCGUCGCACCCGCCUUUAUCCUCCUCAAAAUCAUCAUCGACAUUGAGCAGCGUGCACAGGAGGUUGACGCGAAGUGCUCCGACCUCGUCGAGCGCAUCACGUUCAUGAUUAGCCACCUGCCCAUCCUCGAGAAAAUAGAAAUCAUGCCCAGCACGCGUCAGGUCAUUGAGCGGAUGAACGAAGCUAUCAAGUCGGCCGCUGCGUUGAUUGCAGCGUACCGCAAGCAGAGCCGCGUCGCGCGGAGACUCAGCAUCUCCAACCGCGAAAAGUUCACCCAGUGCGCGGAGGCGAUCAACAUCUGCUGCCAUGACCUGCUCAUGAGCCUUCAAAUCCACCAGAGCACGCAGCUGGAGAUCCUGACGCGUGAUGUGCCCAUUGACGACGACGACAAGGCGGCACAGACGUUCGUGGAGGAGCAUGGAGGAAGUGUGGAUGCUGUGAUGUACGACCGCGAGCUGGUGAAAGAGUUCGCUCAGCAACAGCAUCUGGUCAUGGACGAUUCAGUCAUGGAGCAGCUCAACCAGAACAUUGCCGACAGCGUCCAGCAAAACCAGCAACGACUUGAAGGCAUCCUCCAAGAUAAUAUCAAGACAGCCAUUGCGGACAGUCUGAAGAGCAUCGUCGCCGAGAUGCACGCCUCAGAGGCGGAGCAAAGGUUCAAUUGCGUUCAAUGCGACAAGGAGUUCACGAAUUCUACCAAUGGUCCCAAGGCAUGCUCGUACCACAGGGCAGAAUAUGACUCCUGGUCGCGCUCCUUCCCCUGCUGCAGCACCUCCCAUCCAUGCCAGUUUGCAGCCCACCGAUCGAAACUUCAUUGCGAUUACCCAUACGGCAAUUUCUUCCCUCGUUCUCGCGGGGUCCUCAACUACACUGACACCAAUGAAGAAUGGGCGUCCGUCGAGGAUACCAAUUUGGAGACUGACGAAGUCCAGAAAGCAUCUGUGGGCCAGCUGUACCGUUGGGUAUCGCGCGGUGCCAGAGUCGAAGAAAACACCCUCCUUAUCACCGUCGGUCGGGUCUGGUACAAGUACCCCUACUACUUUAACACCUUCACGGCAAAGGAACUUGAGGACAUCACCAAAUCUGUUCGACUUUCUCGUCGAACACUUAUCUUCCGAACGUCCUCAGAUGAGAACGAGUACGCCCUCGCCGAAUGGAUCCUCUCAAUUUCUGGCAAGAUCACUGGCGUCCGUCUCACAGCAAAAGCAGCGACUUCGCCUCAGCCCUACAUCCGUGUCUGUCCAAUCGACCUGGCGUCAUGUACCCGGUCAGGCGACAUCCUCACGCUCUCGGAGGGCGGCAUGCGGUCCUACACUCCGGCCAGCCCAUACGUCCUCCCAUCCACCGUCCGCUUCGGGCCCGAGCUUAACGACGAGCCCGCUCGCGCCGUCCGGACCAACUUCAAGACCCGAACGAGCUCACCAGGCCUCCGAGUCGUCCUCAAAGCAGCAUCUGACCCACCUCUCGAGCCCAACCCCAACCUCGCCAGCACCCAAGUGGACUACUUCCAGGGUAAAGUCUCGGUGUUUAACAACCAUCCGGCGGGGUCGCUCAACCCCAUCACUAUCGCCGCCGUGUCUGCGUCCUACCGAAUGGUUGGUGAUGCUGACUACCUGCCCGUCGAGGCGUGCAAGAUCAUCGACGGGACUGCACUUCCGCUCAGCGUUGACCCGCGGCAGUCCUUCCAGCUCGCCUUCGAGGUCAGUGUUUCCCGCACGCCCGAGGAUGCUAAACACGAGAUCAGGUGGUGGAACCGUGCCUACGUCAACAGGAAGCGGCCUGUGCGCAUCAAGCUCACGCUGGAGGACAUCGAAGGCGAGACCUGCUCCCUGGUCUUCGAGCACGUCUUUAAGCCGUUCAGGCUGGAAAAGCAGAACGCCGAGAGGGAUAUUGGGUUUUUCUUCUUUGACCACCCGGAGACGUUAGAUCGGUGCUAUGUACACGUCGAGGAGGUCGAAGGAGAUUCCUCUGGGAUGGUGGUCAAGAUAGGCAGCAACGAGACCAACGUGAAGCGGCUGAACAAAGUGGUCUAUCAGGCGUUGAAGACAGGAAAGACGGAGGUGGACCUUGAGGUAGGGCAGGAGAGGAACGACGGCGAAUGGGAGUGGGCCGCAUAUGCCCUCGUCGACAUCUCCUGCCGGCGCGUAUAUGCGUUCAAAGUCAUCGUCCAGCAAGGCAAAAAGGUUGACGUAAAACAGUUUGGAUGCCUGGGGUAUGUGGAAUGCCCAAGCUAUGGUGACGUGCUGGGUAAGACUCGCCCGAUCAGCUACGCUACAGAAAGCGCGAAGCUGCACCCCCUGCAGCCUUACACCCCGCCGCAGUAUGUUCAGGAUGAUAACCUCGACGACUUCAAGCCUCCUGUUCCGCCCAAACCUGCAACGCCAGUCACUGAGGUGCCUCCGGCUAACGGUGUGAACGGUGGUAUUCCUGUGGAUGUCAGUAAUCGGUUGGCCUCGAUCGACAUCAACCUUGCCAGGAUAGCAGACGCUCUGGAGAAGCUCGUAGCUGUCUUGCCCAACGCUGCCAGGUAG